GCGGAACACGAGCGUUUUAAAAGAAAUUUUCAGAUAUUAUUAGCUCUAUAGAGGGCAUUUCGACGGUCCGUAUUUUGGCUGAGGUCCGGUGACUGUCGGGGUCGCCUUCUUCAGCCUGUCACUGUCAGUUACAUAAAUAAUAUCAAAUGUCAUGGUAACAGUCAACUUUAACUGAACUGACUCCGACGUUAGUGGCGAUAACAAGCAGAACAGACUAUCUGUCAAUCCUUAUUCUAACUGGACAUUGUAUCGCAUGGUUUGGGCGAUUACAGUUGUAGCGGAUAACGUUUUACUUAUGCAAGGGACUGAGGAUGAAGCCAUCUUGAGGUUCAGACUCUGGAGGUUAUGAACAGCUGAGUCUCUAACAUGCUGUCAAGACAUGUUGCUGCAGCCCGCCACUCUCUGAAGUGGACUUUGCUUCACUGGAAGGCCACUCUUCACAGAACGUAUUGCCCAUCAGAGCCAGGGCAAUGGCUACUGGGAACUGUUGUGCAAAGAGGGGCUCACAGAUGGACUGCAGCUCCAUCAUCGAGGAUAAACCAGAAGCCAGUGUUUGUCAGAGCUCCAGAAUUUGGAGAUAAGCUUGCUAUUAUAGACAGCAGUGGCAGCCACAGCUACAAGCAGCUGUAUUGCAGCAGCCAAGGUCUUGCAAGCAGAAUCAGCACCGCUCUCAACUCUGACUUUGGGGGUCUGGAAGGAAAACGUAUAUCCUUCCUUUGUGCUAAUGAUGCUUCCUAUACAGUGGCGCAGUGGGCAACUUGGAUGAGUGGUGGGAUGGCAGUGCCCCUCUACCGAAAACACCCUCAGUCAGAAUUGGAGUACAUAAUCUCUGAUUCCCAGAGUUCACUACUGGUAGCGGGGCAUCCCUAUGCUGAAACCCUUGAGCCACUGGCACUGAAACUGGGGCUGCCAUGCCUGACACUGCCUCCUACUUCCAACCUGGGCACCUUAGAUGGGACAGACACCCAAGAGAAGGACACAGCCAUCACAGACUGGGCUGAUCGACCAGCUAUGAUCAUCUACACCAGUGGUACAACUGGGAGACCCAAGGGAGUUCUACAUACACACAGCACCAUCCAAGCCAUGGUCCAGUGUCUGGUUUCAGAGUGGGCAUGGACCAGAGAGGAUGUCAUCCUCCACACCUUGCCGCUCCACCACGUGCAUGGCAUUGUUAACAAGCUGCUGUGCCCACUCUGGGUGGGCGCCACCUGCGUCAUGCUGCCUGAAUUCCAGCCCCAGAAGGUAUGGGAGAUGCUGUUGAGCUCCAAGGCUCCCGUGGUUAAUGUGUUCAUGGCCGUGCCAACUAUCUACUCUAAGCUGAUCCAGCACUAUGAUCAGCACUUCACACAGCCUCAUGUUAAGGACUUUGUCAAAGCGGUGUGCAAAGAAAGGAUCAGGUUAAUGGUUUCGGGCUCGGCUGCUCUCCCUCUUCCCACUCUGCAGCGCUGGGAGGAGAUUACAGGACACACACUGCUGGAGCGCUACGGCAUGACCGAGAUCGGCAUGGCACUGUCCAACCCUCUCAAGGGCCUGCGCAUCCCAGGGGCUGUGGGGUCACCACUUCCCGGUGUUGAAGUUCAGAUUGUCAUGAAUAACACAAACAACACAACAAUUGUGGAGGGCAAUCACAGAGAGACUUGGGUACGUCCAGGUCUGGAGGGGAAAGAGGGCGAGCUCCUGGUUCGAGGUCCGUCUGUCUUUAAGGAGUACUGGAACAAACCUCAGGAGACCAAAGAGUCUUUCACUGAUGGUGGCUGGUUCAAAACAGGAGACACAGCGGUCUAUAAAGAUGGUGUGUAUUGGAUCAUGGGCCGCAGCAGUGUUGACAUCAUCAAGAGUGGUGGCUACAAGAUCAGUGCACUCGAGGUGGAGCGUCACCUACUAGCUCAUCCAGACAUCGUAGAUGUGGCUGUCAUAGGGGCCCCAGAUGCCACUUGGGGUCAGAAAGUCACUGCAGUGGUGCAGUUGAAGAAGGGGCAGAGUAUGAUCCUGCCAGAUUUGAAGACCUGGGCAAGGGAACACAUGGCGCCCUACACCAUCCCCACAGGCCUGGUGCUGGUGGAGGAGAUGCCAAGGAAUCAGAUGGGCAAGGUCAACAAGAAGGACCUCCUGCGACACUUAUUCCCAUGACUGAACUACUUCGAUAUGUAUGACAACAUAAAGGUUCUUGGUCACUUCCCAGCUGUUCCCAUCUGGUCUUUAGAUCUGACAAAACAUCACAGACAUGUAUACAGAGGGAAUACAAAAUAAUGGCUAAACACGUCAUGGGAAAUUACUUAACCUCUGAGGUAAUUUAAUCACAGCUACAAACAUUACUACAAAGGUAGAAAUAUUACAUUGAUUGCCAAUCAUGCCAAGCAUUCUUUAUCAGUUACUGUGUGUACUGAGAGGUUUGGAAAUCAUCACUUUAAUAUGUAAUUUUUUGAGGCAAUAUGAAACAGCGCUCCAUUAAGAAGACAAAAUGUGCAACGGCAUUUAUCAAGAAAAAGUCAAAAUUAUCUGUAGUGUCAUCGAAAUUAGUGGUUAAAAUUCAAACUAACCAGCUUGGAUGUGACAUACAUACAAUAUGUAAGAAGUUAAGUACUGUUGAAUGGUAUGCAACCUAAUGUGACCCACUUUUGUAGGGUUUGCAGUUGUAACAGUGUCCCAGUUCCAAACUACAAUACUCUAUGAUUUAUAACUGGGUUUACAAUAUGUAUUAUGUUCACACUGGAAACAUGACAGAAGUGAGUAUACCCCAGACGGUCAGAAAGCAGAGUAAAAACAACUGAUAUUUGAGAGUGCUCUCAAAGCACACCAAUUUCCCACAAUGUAAUGUUCAAAGGAAAUGGAGGAGCUGCUCACAGCUACAAAAAAAUGUAGAUAAGGUGGUACUGAGUUAGCUCUUAGAAAACAAAAAAAGGGAAAAACGUUUUUUUUUUCAUUUCAUUUGACUGUGGCACUUUCGGUGCUGUUUGUGGAUUUUUUUACUUUACCAACUACGAAACAGUGUGUAAAUACCGUAUACAAUUAGUAUGUAGUAUAGAACUGGGACAAAACAUUUGACAGUUACUUCAAAAUCAAUAUCCUUGUUAAUGAAGUAUCUGCAGAUCUGUGGGAUACACUGUUCCAUCUGCAUUGAUGUGAUGGGAGCAGCUAGUGUAGCCUGCUUUGGCCCCUGAUGAAUAAUUCCGCAUACCCUGAGCAGGAUGUUCAACUGUUCCAGUAAAUAUUCUUGAACACAGAGGUACCUAUUGGUAAAGGGUGCUUUGAGUUCUCUUAUUGGUAUAUUCAGAUGUUUUAUUGAUGAAAAUGGUCUGAUCACAGAAUAUGGAAUGUCAGUUUUUUUGGUAAGAGUGUUGUGACCAGAAUCAAGGAUCAUGGUUAAUUACACCCGCAGCAAACAAAAGACUAUGUGUUUUUUUAGAAAAGAAGUCAUUAAAAUGUGAUCAGUGAGAAAACAUGGUUAAUGUUAGUUUUGCUCUGUACGCACACUGAUG